AUGGAAAGUCGAUUUCAUGAGGAAACAUUUGGCGAUGAUCGAUGGAGAAAUUUGCACGAAUGGUUUGUGGCUGAAGCCAAAGACAAGGAAGCCGACGUGCUGUUUCUUGGUGAUGACCAUAUUGCUUUGUUGGAGCAGUCACUGAUAUAUCGAGAACACUUUGCUCCUUUACAUUGCCUGUGUUUUGGUGCUUUUGGAGAGCAAAUAGCGAACCUGUUAUGGCGGCUGGAUAACAAGAUUCUUGAAAAGCUAGAUCCAAAGGUAAUAGUAGUAUCGAUUGGUAAUUGCGAUGCACAGAUGGGUAAGGAGGAAAUGUUAGAAGGUUUAAAACGGAUAGCAAAAAGUAUAAAAGAAUCAAAACCAAAAGCAAAGAUUUUCUUUUUGGCAAGUAAAUUGUUGCCAACCGGAAGACGCCCAAACAAGAGACGUGACUUUGUUUCAGAAGUCAAUGAUGCAUUGGAAACCACUGUUCAGGAUUUAGCUGAAGUUAUUGAUGUAGAACCGUCAAUUCAAGGAACGGGUGGUGAAAUAGAUGCCUACGAUAUGUUCGAUUUUGUGCAUUUGACACAGGAAGGAUAUCGAAAAAUAUUUGAUCCUGUUUAUGUUGCUGUAUCAGCGAUUUUGAAUCCAGAGGGAUAA